GCGAAACGGAGGCGGAGCUGCAACUUUGUAUGAACUUCUAAGUUGAACAAUUGUGAGGGAGAGACUGUGGAAAGCAGUACGGUUGAUGGAGUAGAUGCAGUCAACUUCAAACGUUUGACAUAAAACAGAAAGCUAGCUCCGAGAGGGCAUCUUGUAUUUCCCAGCAUUUUUCUAACGUUUGUUCGCUGGACGAACGCUCGUGUGGAGAUUUAGCGCAUUUUUUUGGAGGAAGACACUCCAGCGAGGUGGGAAGGAGAGAAGAUAUUCCAUGAUCAACUGUGAGUGGUAUUAUGAAAAGUGGAAGUGUUUAGGAACCACCGCAGCUCAACCAUGAUGUGGCAGACCACAUAAAGUUACAGAGAGUGGUUGCCAAAUGCUAAGAAUUCAGCCUGCCUUGGGAGUGAUGGAGGAGAACGUCUGAUAAUUCUGCUCCGUUGCCAUGCCUGAUCUCCUGUAGGAGAAGCUACAGGACCAAACUCCCCCUGCGCCGAUCUGUGCGCACUCGCCGCUGCCACCUCGCCGCUGCGUGGCAGCGCAUGCCCUCUCGGGCCCGCCGUUUCGUACGCCCGGCGUGCGUGCUCCGCCCCGCAGCACUGUGCCACACCUCCUCGCCAUGACCAGCCUGAAGCGCUCACAGACGGAGCGCUCAGUGGGCGGCUCGGUGCCCGCCUCCGACGAGUUCUACACGCGCCGCCUGCGCCUGCCCAACGGCGGCACACCGCCCCCGCGCAGCGAGAGCACCCACUUGUCCGGAUGCACGCCCGGCGUGCCCAAGAUGGGCGUCCGAGCACGUGUCGCCGACUGGCCCCCGAGAAAGGAUGCUGGGGGCGGGGGCAGCGGUGGGAGUGGUAGCGGGAGUGGGGGAGGGGGGAGUGCAGGGGGUAGCGGAGGCGGAGGCGGUGGAGGGAGCGGAGGCGUGUGGCAUAUCACCGUGGAGACGGACUCGUCGACGGCCAGCUCUGGUAGCGCGCAGAGCAACCUCUCUGCCAAGCUGGGUCACCUGAUCAGCCCGCAAGACUCGUCCAUGCUGCGCAAUAUUCAUAACACACUGAAGAGCAAGAUGCAGGGCAAGGGCAAAGACAACCGCUUCCUCUCGCCCGACGGCUACCUGGGCUCGCCCCGCAAGGGCAUGCGCCGCAUCCGCCAGCGCAGCAACAGCGACAUCACCAUCAGCGAGCUGGACGCCGAUGGCAACGAGGGCUGGUCCUUCUCUGGUUGGACCCCCAUGCAUCGCGAGUACGGCAGCACCUCCUCGAUCGACAAGCACGGCGUGUCUGGUGAGAGCUUCUUCGAUAUGCUCAAGGCAUACCACACGGACGCGCCUGACCAGCGCAGCCCCGCCCCAGAGAAGCUGAGCGAGCUGCUGACUGUGGCCCACAAGCACAGCGCGCUGGACCUGCCUGACGGGCCCCUGGGGCCGGCACGAGGAAGCCCAGCCAGCCGACUGAAAGAGCGCGAGAAGCAGCUGAAGCGGCGCUCCAAGUCCGAGACGGGCGGCGAGUCCAUCUUCCGUAAGCUGCGCAGUGUGAAGAUCGAGGGAGACGCCUCACGCGCCGGCUCCGACGUGGAGGACAGCCGGGCGGACGACGCGGGCCCCCCACCCAAGCCCUGGGUGUGCCAGAAGGGCUUCGGCCACUUCGACGUCCAGAGCAUCCUGUUCGACCUGAACGAGGCCGCCCAGAGCCGGCAGAGCGCGGUCAAGCGGAAGAACACCACCACGGGAGCCUCAGCUGCCGCCGCCGCCUCGGCCUCCUCCUCCCUCUCCUCCACCCAGAGCGGGGCCUGCGGCUCGCCCUGCGGCAGCCAGGAAGAGCUCAACACCAAGGAUGGCCCGACACUUGACCCCGGCGACGACAAGAGCAACGAUCUGGUCCUCAGCUGCCCAUGUUUCCGUAACGAAAUAGGUGGUGAGGGAGAGAGGAACAUCAGCCCGUCGAAACAGGGCAGCAUUGGCAGCGGAAGCUCCAACUCGUCCAGAGAUGAAGACAGCUCCCCCGAAGCUGCCCCCAACACCCACUUCAGCAACGCGGGGGUAGCAGUUCUAGAAGCACCCAAGGAUGGCAAGAGCAUUCACCAUGAACGUGGAAAAAGCAACAUUGUGGAACAUGUGGACCUUGGUGCCUAUUACUAUCGGAAGUACUUCUAUUUGAGAGAGCACUGGAACUACCUGGGUGUGGACGAGACGUUGGGGCCAGUCGCCGUCAGCCUCCGGCGGGAGAAGCUCGACGACCACAAAGAGCACGGGCCCCAGUACAACUACCGUGCCAUCUUCAGGACCAGCGAGCUGACGACCCUGCGUGGCUCGAUUAUGGAAGACGCUGUUCCCUCAACGUCGAAACACGGCUUGGCACGAGGCCUGCCCCUGAAGGAGGUGCUGGAAUACCUUGUGCCGGAGCUUAACGCCCACUGCCUCCGCCUCGCCCUCAACACGCCCAAGGUCACGGAGCAGCUGAUGAAACUGGAUGAGCAAGGGCUCAGCUUCCAGCUGAAGGUGGGGGUCAUGUACUGCCUGGCCGGCCAGAGCAGCGAGGAGGAGAUGUACAAUAACGAGGCAGCGGGCCCUGCGUUCGACGAGUUCCUGCAGCUGCUGGGCGAGCGUGUGCGCCUCAAGGGCUUCAGCAAAUACCGUGCCCAGCUCGAUACCAAGACUGACUCAACUGGCACACAUUCCUUAUACACCACAUACAAAGACUAUGAAAUCAUGUUCCACGUGUCCUCUAUGCUGCCCUACACGCCCAACAACAAACAGCAGCUGCUGCGCAAGCGCCACAUCGGAAACGACAUAGUCACCAUCGUGUUCCAGGAGCCCGGAGCGAAGGCCUUCAGCCCCAAGAACAUCCGCUCACACUUCCAGCACGUGUUUGUGGUGGUGCAGGUGCACAAUCCUUGCUCAGACAGCACCUGCUACAGUGUGGCAGUAGCUCGUUCCCGGGACGUCCCCGCAUUCGGGCCACCCAUCCCAGAAGAUGCCAAGUUCCCCAAGUCCACGGUCUUCCGGGACUUCCUACUGGCCAAGGUGAUCAACGCAGAGAAUGCUGCUCACAAGUCGGACAAGUUCCGCGCCAUGGCAACGCGCACACGCCAGGAGUAUUUGCGCGACCUGGCUGAGCGCCACGUCACCAGCACGCCCAUCGAUCCCUCCGGCAAGUUCCCCUUCAUCUCUCUGGCCCACAAGCGCAAGGAGAAGAGCCGCCCAUACCCAGGCGCAGAGCUGCGCAGCCCAGGGGCCAUCACCUGGGCCGUGCACGCCGAAGACCAUGGUGCCGGCGGAGAGCUGGAGGCCCUGCUGGCCAUCUCCAACGACUUCCUCAUCCUAGUGGACCCUGAGGCCAAGGCGGUGGUGUUCAACUGCGCUGUGCGCGACGUCAUCGGCUGGACGCUGGGCAGCCCAGCCUCCAUGAAGAUCUACUACGAGCGCGGUGAGAACGUCUCGCUGCGCUCCAUCAACAAUAACACAGAGGACUUCCGAGAGGUGGUCAAGCGGCUUGAGUACCUGACUAAGGGCUGCGAGACGUCGGAGAUGACCCUGCGUCGGAAUGGUCUGGGCCAGCUGGGCUUCCACGUCAACUACGAAGGUGUGGUGGCGGAGGUGGAGCCCUACGGCUACGCCUGGCAGGCAGGGCUGCGGCAGGGCAGCCGCCUCGUGGAGAUUUGCAAGGUGGCGGUGGCCACGCUCUCGCACGAGCAGAUGAUCGACCUGCUGCGCACCUCCGUCACCGUCAAGGUGGUGAUCAUCCCACCGCACGAGGAUGCCACGCCCCGCAGGGGCUGCUCGGAGCUGUACCGCGCGCCCGUGGCCGAGUACAAGAGCAGCGGCAGCGACGGCGGCUCCUUCGAGUACAAGUUCCCCUUCCGCAGCAACAACAACAAGUGGAACCGCACGUCGUCCAGCCCGCAGCAGUCGCUGUCCGCCUCGCCCCAGAGCCACACCGGCACGCCCAACCGCGCCGUCAGCCUGGGCGCCAGCAUAGGCAAGACGCUCUCCGCCGAGCGGCCCGCCAUCCCCCGCAGCGUGUCCAGCGAUGGCCGCCCCCUCGAUUCCAAGAGGAUGUCUCCCGGCUCGGAGAACUACGCCCUCUCCUCCUCCAUCGCAAUGGGCCGCGCCCCUCACAACCGCAGCUCGCCCAGCAACCUCUGCCCCAGCGAAUCCAGCUCGGGAAGCUCCGCCCACUGGAGACAGAAGUCCAUGCCUGAGGGAUUUGGGCCCAGCAGACACUCUCCACUCCCGGUAGAGCGGCAGCUGAUGGCCGAGGGAGGCGGCAGUGGCAAGUCCACCCCGAGCUGGCCCCGUGUGGAGGACUCGGAGCGGGCUUCAGCAGAUGCCCCAGUCUCUAAGUCCGGCCCAGGCUACUCGGGAGGCCCGCGCAUCCAGAGGCAGGAUCAGGUCAUUCAUCUCUCCCCGAAGAAGAGUAGUCAGUCGGAGGGCCCCUACUCGCACUCGAGCAGCAACACCCUCUCCAGCACGGCAUCCAGCGGCGGACACAGCGAUGAAAAGUGGUACGAGCUGGGUGGGGCCGGCCCGGCCGACGCCGGUGAGUCCGAGCCCAAUGGCCUGGGAGGCGGCGGCUACCUGCAGGGCGCCUCGGCUGACAGCGGCAUCGACGCCCCGGCCUACGGCCCGCCCCACGGCCAGCCUCACGGUCCACCCCACGGCAGCUCCACUUCCCUGCUGGGUGUGUCCGGCCCUGUAGCCCGGGAGAGGGCCGCCUCGCCCUGGCAUGGCCAGCCCGAUGGUGGACGGCGCGUACUGGAGAGGUCCCCCACGGCAGCGGAGUCGUCUGCAUCCUCCGCUGACGGGCAGGCCAUCCACGGGCCGCCCGCCCGUAGCCCGCCCACGCACCUCCUGGUGAGGGAUGGAAGCUCCUACAACCUCGGAGACAUGGCCUCCCACUCCAGCUCACGGCACUCGGGGAGCCCCGGCGCGCUCAGCUCCUGCCACAGCUCACCACGCGACGACUCCCCCUCGGCCACCUCGCCCUGCUCCUCGCAGAGCGCCAUCUCCGCCGGCCCCAAAAGCUUCUACCCCCGCCAGGGAGCCACCAGCAAGUACCUGAUUGGCUGGAGGAAGCCGGGCAGCACUAUCAACUCUGUGGACUUUGGGGAUACUCGCAAGAGGCCUCAGGGUGAGGGGGCGGAGAGCGGACCUACUCCUCAGCCCCGCCCCUCUCUCCGAGACCUGCACUCUCCUCAGCCAAUGGGCAAGUCCACUGUGGAGGAGGACCUGAAGAAGCUCAUCACAUUGGACAGCCCUCCCACCAUCCGCUACGAGGACAAGCCGUCUUCCUCCUCUGGUUCGGCGGGUACUGGCCGCCGCUCCCUGCAGCGCACGCUGUCGGACGAGAGCAUCUACCGAGGUCAGCGCCUGCCGCCGCUGGGCGACGCCGUGCUGGAGCAGGCCCUGGCCAGCGACGUGCUCUUCAGCUGCUCCACGUUGCCCCGCUCGCCCACCACCCGCGGGGCCCCUCUCCGCAGACCCUCCUACAAACUGGGCAUCAGGAUGCAUGGUGACCUCUACGCGUCUGACACCUCUCUAGCAGACCUGCAUGAGCGCCAGAGGCUGCCAUCCCCCGAGCUGGGCCUCAUGCCCCUGCCCGAUGCCGACACCGACAGUGGCCUGGACUGGACACACCUUGUAGAUGCAGCCAAUGCCUUCGAGGGUGAGGGGCGACCCCAGCGCAUGCAGAGAGGCUUUGUGUACAGCUCUCAGGACAUCAGUCACCGCGGUGAUUCCUCGCUCAGCCCCCAGCAGGUGGACCUGCAGGCCGUGGCGCACUCCAGACCCUCUCCCAGCAGCGAGGGGUCUGUGAGUUAUGCGGGGAAGGUGUCUCAGCUGGAGGCCAUGGUGAAGAUGCUUCAGGAUGACCUGAAGAAGGAGCGAGAGGAGAAGAUGAAGCUCCAGGCUCAAGUCAAGCGUCUGUGGGAGGACAACCAGCGGCUGCAGGAGGAGGCGCAGAGCUCUGCCGCCAAGCUCAAGAAGUUCACCGAGUGGGUGUUCAACACCAUUGACCUGAACUGAGCUGGAACGUGCCCGAGCCCGGGAGGGGACAGGGCCAGGGUGGAGGCUGCAGGGUGGGUGGAAUAUGGGGUGGGAUGGGUGGUGUUCCGGACGGAUGACUCCCUGCCGCUCAGGGCUUGACCACUGGGACUGACGUGAGCGCAGAUCUCUGCUUGCCACACGACAACACUACAGACCCCCGAGCAUUUCCCGUUCUGGCUCAACAGAGACGGACUCAGAAACGGCACAAAAAGUCCCUCGGUCCCUCUUUGACCCUCACUGUACUCAUGACUGGAAGAAUUCUUGCUCCUCGCUCACCAGCGAAGGAUGCCGUCUUCUCUCAGGUGGGAAAGGAAGGCACCCGCAGGCCUCGCUACUUCCUUCACGGCACUUCUCGUUCGGAGACGUAGGCCAGCUCCCCAGUGUCUGCCCGCCAGGCCGGUCCAUCCGCCCUGCGGCGCUCUUUCCCCCAGGGAUCACUGUCGCACUCAGCCGCGGGUGCAGCUAAGGUGGUGGUGGCUACGCCCUCUUUGCCGAGACGUGCUUCGUGAAGGAACUGUUGUUUGUUUUUGCGCUUCAAGAGCUGCCUUUUGCCAUGACGUGAAUUUUUUUGCUGAGUCACUGUGGGGCUUUAUUUUGGAGCUUGUUUUCUUUUUUCUUCUUCGUUUCUUUCAGCUGCCUCUGCCCUAGUGAGGCAGCUCAUGCGGCGUGGACCUCCGCUGCAGCCCCAGCUGGUCGCUCUCCAGACGAGCAACGCUGCGCAUCUUUGGACGUGCCGCAAGGUGACCUACACGUAGCGAGCCUCCUCUGUCGUCCCAGCACGUCUCGCGAGCAAUAGCGGGCAGUCCCAUGUCUCUGAUGCGUCUGCUUCGCCAGACUCUGACUGAAGUGUAAAAAUCCUGCCGGGACCCGUCUCACACAAAGCAAUCGAGCAUCUCAAGCCUGUGGUACGAAAGCACCAUGUCUCCACAUGUGACCUGGAAUUCAAAGAGAAAUGUUUGGAGAACAAUUCAGUUAUUUAUUUCAUUUCUAUUACAAAUAAAUACGUUACUCUAUACAGUACACCAGUGUUUACUUUCCAAAAAAAGUGCUCAUUCCUUUCCAAGGUUUUUAAAUUUUUAUUUGAAUUAAUUUCAGCAGAAUUCAGCCUGAUGUUGUUUAUCUUUUGUAUGUUUGUGGUGCCCUGGCCUGCUAUCGUUGUGUUGCCUUAGUGCCAUCUAGUGGUGAAAAGUGGUCUUCACUCGACUUUUUUGCUAUAAUCUGUAUUUCGGUUUGUGUUCAGAUGUUCCAAGAAAUUGCGUUUACCAUUGCAGUCUUAGAGUAGCCCUGAACUAAUGGUGUAGAAAAUCAAGUUCAGGUCAGUAUGUUCAUUUCAGAAACGCCUGAAGUGACCUUCAUGUUGUGGCAGUAGGAGGAAAGUGGGAGGAGGAGCUUCUGAAAGCCGCAGGGUGAAGGCAGCACAGCAGGCUCUUUCAUAAGCUUGCGCUGUGCCUCCCUCACCUAAGGCUGACCUGAUGUGGGGAUCUGCUGAGAUCCCACCAAGCGCACGGACCCGCUCGCUUCCGUCAGCAGCGGGCGCUCCUGAUGAACCAGGAAGCGCAUGACCUACCGCGGUGGCCAGGGAGGCUUGGUUGGACAGCGCUCCUGUCUGUAAUGGAUACAGCUGAGCAGCCGUGCCCUGAGCUCUCCCUCCCAGCACUGCGUUUCUCACAUCUCUCCCGGCCAGCAUUUGAAGUACCCUCCGCCCACCCACCUUCCAAACAUGGGGGCGU